GGGCGACGGUCACCUGAUCUGCGGCGGCAGCGGUGGUCGAGAUAGUCGAGGCUAAAGCUAUGAUGGCGGUGACCGCGGCGGCUCGGGUGCCGGCGAGGACGCAGCGAGCCCCGGCGCUGUGGCAGAUUCGGUGUCUGCCACUGUUGCUGGUGGUGGUGGCGGCGACAGCGGCGGAGCAGCAGGUGCCGCUCGUGCUGUGGUCGAGUGACCGGGACUUGUGGGCUCCUGCGGUCGAUACCCACGAGGGCCACAUCACCAGCGACAUGCAGCUCUCUACUUACUUAGACCCCGCCCUGGAGCUGGGCCCCCGCAAUGUGCUGUUGUUCCUGCAGGACAAGCUGAGCAUUGAGGACUUCACGGCAUAUGGCGGUGUGUUUGGAAACAAGCAGGACAGUGCCUUUUCUAACCUGGAGAAUGCCCUGGACCUGGCCCCCUCCUCUCUGGUGCUUCCAGCUGUCGACUGGUAUGCGGUCAGCACUCUGACCACUUACCUGCAGGAGAAGCUCGGGGCCAGCCCCUUGCACGUGGACCUGGCCACCCUGCGGGAGCUGAAGCUCAAUGCCAGCCUCCCAGCCUUGCUUCUCAUCCGCCUGCCCUACACAGCCAGCUCGGGUCUGAUGGCACCUAGGGAAGUCCUCACAGGCAAUGAUGAGGUUAUUGGGCAGGUGCUGAGCACACUCAAGUCUGAAGAUGUCCCAUACACAGCAGCCCUCACGGCAGUCCACCCUUCCAGGGUGGCCCGUGAUGUACCCAUGGUGGCUGGGGGGCUAGGCCGCCAGCUGCUGCAAAACCAGCCAGUGUCAGCUGUGACCCAACCUGUGAGUUACAAUGACACUGCUCCCCGGAUCCUGUUCUGGGCCCAGAACUUCACGGUGGUAUAUGGGAACCAGUGGAAGGACCUGACCCCCAUGACCUUUGGGGUCCAGGACCUCAACCUGACUGGCUCCUUCUGGAAUGACUCCUUUGCCAGGCUUGCGCUGACCUAUGAACAACUCUUUGGUACCACGGUGACAUUCAAGUUCAUUCUGGUAAACCGCUUCUACCCAGUGUCAGCACGGCACUGGUUUACCAUGGAGCGCCUGGAAAUCCACAGCAAUGGGUCCGUGGUCUACUUCAAUGCCUCCGAGGUCACGGGGCCCAGCAUCUACUCCUUCCACUGCCAGUACGUCAGCAGUCUGAGCAAGAACGACAAUCUCCUUGUGCCUCGCACACAGCCCUCUCUCUGGCAGAUGACUCUUGAGGACUUCCAGAUCCAGGCCUUCAACGUGAAGGGCGAGCAGUUCUCCUAUGCCAGUGACUGUGCUGGCUUCUUCUCCCCGGGCAUCUGGAUGGGGCUGCUCACCUCCCUGUUCAUGCUUUUCAUCUUCACCUAUGGUCUGCACAUGAUCCUCAGCCUCAAGACGAUGGACCGCUUUGAUGACCACAAGGGCCCCGCCAUCACUUUGACCCAGAUUGUGUGACUCGGUGCCCAUGGGGGAUUGAGGGUGUGAUGGUGUCCAGGUUGUCGCUGUCUCACCUCGAGGCAUGGUGCACCGAAGGGCUUCCUGUCUUCCAUAGCAUGAACCCCAGUUCCCUCAGCCGUGUCUUGCUCCCUGUUCCACCCAUGAGGGGCUUCCCUGGGGCUGCCCAUCCCCCAUCUUUACCAACAAGGUGUACAUAUUCUGCAUAGAUAGUAGACAGAUCUCCCAGGCUUGGUGAUUGUGAGGGGAAGGGACUUGAAUGCCCGUUCCUCCUUCCCCCUUUUCCUUAUUUAUUCUCAUCACUCCACCUUCACCCCUCGCUGUUUAUAGUGCUUUUGUGUAGUCAGUGCUCCUUCCCUGGCUUUCUGGGGCUCCCUGCAGCAGCCAGGAGCUGGAGUUCCCUGAGUUGGGGGGUGGGGUAUAAAUACUAUUUAACUGUCUGGCUUGGCUGGUGUUACUGUUUUUUGGUGAUGUUGUGCUAACAAUAAGCAGUACAUUAGGGUUUAUUUCUGUGGCCUGAGAAGGAAGGGACCUCCACGGCAGGUGGGCUGGGUGUGCUGGGUGUGCUGACUGGGUUUCUGGCAUGUUCCUGCCUGGAGUGCCUGGCAGGAGCCUGGGCUGCUCGUUGGGUUUCCUUCCUAAUAAAAUAAAGAAGGGUCGCCAUGCUUCA